AGUGAGCUUCUCAGAGCUUGACAUAAAAGUGCAUUACAGUCAUUGCUUUAAUCAUUAUCCUUUAUUAAAAUAGUGUAAAACAAUGUUGUUAUAUAUAAAUAGACAGAACACACAGUACAGUAAAAAAUAUACUAAUCUCUUUACAAAUACAACAAACUUCAGCUCAUGUUCCUUAUGUGGCAAAAUAAAGAAUGAUUUUGAUCAAAGGAAUUCGACAGGAUAGCAAAUGACAAAUAUUUCCUCUUUUUGAAACGGGUGAGAACUUAAAGUCUUAUCAAUGUAUUUGUUGUCACCAAGAAUAAAAAAAAAGGUGCGGCACAAACAGUGUGUCUGAAGAUUUUUUUUGGUGCAAAAAGACAAACAGGGAUCGACCCAGAGGACAGCAGCACAGCGACGUCAGAAAACAGGAGGCAUCAGUCCACGGGUUUACAGUGACGGGGGGUGAAUCCACUUCAUCAUCUUAUAUGAGCCGUUCUUCUUUGGGCAGCGGGAGAGCCAGGCCAGGUUUUUCCGAUCCCGCCGAUCCCGUCUGUUUCUUCUCCUCUGCACUGGGCCUAUAUGUUCCCUCCAGCCUCCUUUUCUUCCUGAUGACACACAGCAGCAGCAGCAGAGCCAAGCUGAGCAGGGACAGCACGGCGGACACCAACACGGACACUGCAGGUGCCAUUAACACCUGCAUCGCCAUGGUGACAGACAGCUUGGGAGGGAAUCACACAGAAACACAGUGAGGUGAAGCAGAGGUGCAAGGAGAGUGGAUAAAAGGAAGGUGCUGCACAGCGACACUCUACAUUGACAGCGGAUCAGGAUCAGGUCGGAGGAUAAGUAUGACUGUGCUGCGGCUGCUGGCCGCUCUGGCCUUUGUCUCCCUGACUUCUCUUGCUGAUGGAGCUCCAUUGGAAGUGAUGUCUUCCCCCAACUUGUUGCGGGUUGGAACAGCAGAAAACAUCUUUGUGGAGUGUCAAGACUACACCGGUGUAAACAUAAAUGUCGAAAUCACUGUGAUGAACCAUCCAACCAAAACCAAAAGGCUGGCAUCCAAAUCUGUGACACUGAAAAAUGAAAAUAAUUUCCAGGAGCUGGCACAAAUAAUGAUCCCUGCUGGAGACUUCAGUAAGAAUCCUAAAAUGAAGCAGUAUGUGUACCUGCGAGCUCAGUUCCCUACCCGAAUGCUGGAGAAAGUCGUCUUAGUGUCCUUCCAGUCCGGGUACAUCUUCAUCCAAACUGACAAGACCCUCUACACCCCCAACAGCAAAGUUCAUUACAGGAUGUUUGCUAUGACGCCCCGUAUGGAGCCGGUGGAGAGGGAUGACGCAAACCAAAAUGAUGCUUCUAUUGCCAUUGAGAUUGUGACCCCUGAAGGCAUCGUUUUAGGUCUUGAUUCAGUGUCUUUGAAAUCAGGAAUCCACUCUGGAGAUUACCAACUCGGUGAAAUUGUCAGUCCUGGACAGUGGAAGUUGGUGACAAGGUUCCAGGGUAACCCACAAGAGAGUUUUUCUGCAAAGUUUGAGGUGAAAGAAUACGUGCUCCCCAGUUUUGAGGUUAAACUAACGCCUUUGAGCCCCUUCUUCUACGUGGACAGCCAAGAGCUCACCGUCCAAAUCAAAGCUACAUAUCUGUUUGGUCAAGAAGUGAGUGGGAUGGCCUACGUGGUGUUUGGGGUUAUACAAGAGGAUCAAAAGAAGAGCUUUCCGGAUUCUCUCCAGAGAGUGCAGAUUCAGGCAGGUGUUGGAGAAGUCACACUGAAGAGAGAGCACAUCACAAAGACCUUUGCAAACAUCCUCAAACUGGUGGGGCACUCCAUAUUUGUAUCUGUCAGUGUGCUGACUGACGACGGUGGUGAACUGGUGGAGGCAGAGUUGAGAGGUAUCCAGAUUGUCACAUCACCUUACGCCAUGCACUUCAAGAAAACACCCAAAUAUUUCAAACCAGGAAUGUCCUUCGAUAUUACGGUUGAAGUUGUGAAUCCUGAUGGCUCUCCGGCACAAGGUGUUGCUGUUGUGGUCAAUCCAGGUCAGGUGCAGGGCUUCACCGCAGCCAAUGGCAUGGCAAGGCUUACCAUCAAUACAGUGGCAAGGGCCCCAAGUCUACCAAUCUCUGCAAAGACCAAUGAUGCUGAUAUUUUGGCUGAAAGGCAAGCAACAGCCAACAUGGUAGCUCUCCCAUAUAUCACCAAAAGCAACAAUUUCAUCCAUAUAGGUGUGGAUUCAGCUGAAGUGGCAAUAGGAACAAACCUGAAAGUCAACCUCAACCUCAACAUGCAGGGAAAUCAUGACAAGGACAUAACAUACCUGAUUCUGAGCAGAAGUCAGCUCGUGCGAAGUGGUCGAUACAAGACAAGAGGUCAAGUACUGAUUUCUCUGAUAGUUCCCGUUACCAAAGAAAUGCUGCCAUCAUUCCGCAUCAUAGCCUACUAUCAUACAAAUGAGAAUGAAGUGGUAUCAGACUCUGUUUGGGUGGAUGUCAAGGACUCCUGCAUGGGCUCGCUGAAGCUGGAAUCAUCGAGACCCACUGCAUCCUAUCAACCUCGCAGGAUGUUUGGUCUGACGGUCACAGGAGAUCCCGGGUCCAUCGUGGGACUGGUGGCAGUUGACAAAGGCGUCUACGUCCUAAACAACAAACACCGCCUCACGCAGAAAAAGGUGUGGGAUACUGUAGAGAAGUACGACACAGGCUGCACACCAGGGGGAGGGAAGGACGGUAUCAGUGUGUUCUACGACGCUGGGCUGGUGUUUGAGUCCAACACGGCUUCUGGGACUCCCUACAGACAAGAAUUGAAAUGUCCGGCCCCCAGCAGGAAAAGACGAACCACUAUAAUGGACGUCACAAACAGCUUAGCGGCUUUAUAUGAAGACAAACUGAAACGUGACUGUUGUUUGGAAGGCAUGAAGGACACCCUCCUCUCAUACACUUGUGAGAGGCGCGUAGAGUACAUCGGUGAUGGUGAAGCAUGUGCCACAGCCUUCCUGCACUGCUGCAAGGAGAUGCAAAGCAAACGAGAUGAUAGGAAGGAGGAAAACCUCCAGCUAGCUCGGAGUGAGGUGGACGACAACAGUUUCAUGGACAGCAAUGAAAUUGUUUCUCGCACCAAGUUCCCUGAAAGUUGGCUGUGGUCAGAUAUCAAUCUGCCUCCUUGCCCUGCGGAUAGACCUAACUGUGAUACCACAUCAUUCAGUAAAAAUGUUCCAUUGCAAGACUCAAUCACCACCUGGCAGUUCACUGGCAUUAGUCUGUCAAGAACUCACGGAAUCUGUGUUGCCGAUCCAUUAGAGGUAAUUGUUCGGAAAGACUUCUUCAUUGAUCUCAAGCUGCCGUACUCUGCUGUCCGUGGAGAGCAGUUGGAAGUUAAGGCAAUCCUGCACAACUAUAGCCCCGAUCUUGUCACCGUGCGUGUGGAUCUGAUUGAGGAGGACAAUGUGUGCAGUUCAGCUUCUAAGCGUGGGAGGUAUCGUCAGGAGGUCAAAGUUGGGCCCCAAAGUACACGAUCUGUACCCUUCAUCAUUAUUCCCAUGAAAAAAGGACAAUACAACAUUGAGGUCAAAGCAGCUGUUAAAGAUUCGUCGCUCAAUGAUGGAAUCUUGAAGGAGCUGCGGGUGGUGUCUGAAGGUGUAUUGAUUAAAUAUCCUCAGAUUAUAACUAUAGACCCCACCACUAAAGGUGUAGAUGGUACACAACAAGAAACUCUCAACAGUAGAAUUCCUAAGAAGAAUUUGGUUCCAGACUCACCUACGAGCACACAGAUCUCGGUGACAGGGAGAGAACAAGUUGCUGCCCUAGUGGAGAACGCUGUUAGUGGGACAUCUAUGGGGUCUCUGAUCUACCAGCCCUCAGGCUGUGGAGAGCAGAACAUGAUCCACAUGACCCUACCUGUCAUUGCAGCCACAUAUUUGGACAAAACUAACCAGUGGGAAACUGUAGGCUUUCAGAAACGUAGCGAAGCCAUCCAACACAUCAAGACCGGCUACAAAAAUCAGCUUGUCUUCCGGAAGACCGAUGGGUCUUUUUCUGUGUGGACAAAACACCAAAGUAGCACCUGGUUGACGGCCUAUGUUGCCAAGGUGUUUUCCAUGGCCAACAGUCUGGUGGCAGUGCAAAGCCCACACAUCUGUGAUGCCAUCAAGUUUCUGAUUCUCAAUGCCCAGCUACCUGACGGCUUGUUUAGAGAAAUUGGAAAAGUGUCCCACGGAGAGAUGAUUGGUGAUAUACGCGGCUCAGAUUCAGAUGCCUCCAUGACGGCCUUCACUCUCAUUGCUAUGCAGGAGUCAAGCGCUCUAUGUGCUGCCACUGUUAAUAGUCUACCAGGCAGUAUAGACAAAGCAGUGGCCUAUCUGGAAAGACGUCUGCCCAGCCUCACCAACCCUUAUGCUGUUGCCAUGACAUCAUAUGCCCUGGCCAAUGAAAACAAAAUGAACCGCGAGAUCCUCUACAAGUUUGUUUCCCCAGAGUUGUCCCACUGGCCGACACCUAAGGGGCGUGUUUUCACCCUGGAGGCCACAGCUUACGCCCUUCUCGCUCUGGUCAGGGCCAAGGCCUUUGACGACGCCAGACUUGUUGUGAGAUGGUUCAACAAACAGCAGAAGGUGGGCGGAGGCUAUGGCUCAACGCAGGCUACCAUAAUAGUGUACCAGGCUAUAUCAGAGUACUGGGCCAGUGCUAAAGAACCACAGUAUGAUCUGAACGUGGACAUUUUGUUGCCGGGCAAGUCGAAGCCUGAGAGGUACAACUUCAACCAGGCGCACUAUGCCACAAGAACAUCUAAAAUCAAUGAUAUAAACCAGAAUGUGCAAGUGACUGCCACGGGUACAGGAGAGGCAACAGUGACAAUGGUGUCGCUGUAUUACGCUCUGCCUAAAGAGAAGGUGAGUGACUGUCAGAGGUUUAACCUGUCAGUGCAGCUCCUCCCAGAGAAAAUGGACGAGGAGGAGAAGAUAUACAGGCUGAGAAUAGAUGUUUUGUAUAAGGACAUGAACAGUGAUGCACCCAUGGCAAUCUUGGAUAUUGGCUUGCUCACCGGCUUCACCGUUAACAAAAAUGACCUGGACUUAUUGUCCAAAGGACGCGCCCGCACUAUUGCAAAAUAUGAGAUGAACAUGGACUUGUCAGAAAAAGGCUCACUCAUCAUCUACCUGGACAAGGUUUCUCACACAUUUCCAGAAGAGAUCACUUUCAGGGUCCAUCAGACGAUGAAAGUGGGCGUCUUACAACCAGCUGCUGUGUCUGUCUAUGAAUACUAUGACCAAACACAUUGUGUGAAGUUCUACCAUCCAGAGAGAAAAGCUGGGCAGCUAAUGCGGCUCUGUAGAAAUGAUGAAUGCACAUGUGCUGAAGAGAACUGCAGUAUGCAGAAGAAGGAAAAAAUCAGCAAUGAUCAGCGCACAGCUAAAGUCUGUGAGAGUACACAGACCAGCAAAAUAGAUUUUGUGUACAAAGUGAAACUGGAAGAGUAUACAGACGGUUUGUCCACGGACGUUUACACAAUGCGGGUAGUGCAAAUCAUCAAAGAAGGAAAUUCUGAUGUGGGUCCUCUGAAUAAACUUCGCACAUUCCUCAGUUAUCCGCACUGCAGGGAGUCUUUAGAUUUGGUGACAGGCAAAACCUUCCUUAUCAUGGGCACAUCACAAGAUAUUCACAGAGAUGACCAACAUCAAUCGUUUCAGUAUAUUCUCGGAGAAAGAACCUGGAUCGAGUACUGGCCCACAGAUGGUGAGUGUCAAAUUGACGAACACAGACCUGUGUGUUUGGGCCUGGAGGAGAUGGUCCAGCAGUACGACCUCUUUGGAUGUCAGCAGUAGUGAAACUCAAGGAACUAAAAUGUUUUUUGUCAUUGUUUUAAUUUUGCAUCAUGUAAAAUGUUCAUUGCUAUGAGAUAUAAGUGCUUACAAUGUUGCAUUGUAAUCAUUAAAAUGAAAUGUUCUCAAUCUCA